GUUACAUGCGCACUCGCAUGUUUUCCAUGGAAACAGUGUGAAAAUAUGAAAACUAGCGAGGGAAAUCAAGCUUUUGUAUAUAAAAUUGCCGUCACGUGGCUCACAACAGUUUACAAGUCAUUCAAUUCUUUCUUCUCAAACUUACUAACGUUCACGUUGCGUUUUAAAUAGUUUGUUUUCAAAACUAUAUCAUACCGUGUUCCGGUACUUAUUUACUAAACAAAAUCUUGUUUAUAAGUGUCAAAAUUGUAAAAUAUUUUAAAAAUGGUACAGCAUGUCAAUGAUGUCGACAGACACUCAGUGCAUACACUAGUAUUUCGUUCAUUGAAACGAACACAUGAUGUCUUUCUUAAAAAUACAGGACUUUUGCCACCAGUUGAUACCACAUUGUAUAAAAAGUUGAAAAGUAUCAAAGCUAGAGAUACAUACGGUCACAUUGUUGACAAAGUUAAAAGUCAACCUAUUGCACAACCAGUUCCUUCAAAUAAUAAUGCAGAACCACCUCCACCAGGAGUUGAGGCAUCCAUCGAAACUCAAAAUGACACGGCUUUGGUACCGGUCAGUAUACCAGGAGUUACAUCAGUGGUAUCUACACCAAAUUACACAAAAACAGUAGCAAUGCCUGUUAAAAAAUCACCUCUGGUAUUAAAACCUAAAUGGCAUGCACCAUGGAAACUAUACCGAGUCAUCAGUGGUCAUCUUGGAUGGGUAAGAUGUUGCGCCAUCGAACCAGGAAACGAAAUAUUUGCUACUGGCGCAGGUGAUCGAAUCAUAAAAAUUUGGGACCUGGCGAGUGGAAACUUGAAAAUUUCAUUGACUGGACACAUCAGUACAGUAAGAGGUCUAGCGUUUUCCCACCGGCAUCCUUACUUAUUUUCAUGCGGUGAAGACAAGCAAGUAAAGUGCUGGGAUUUGGAGUACAACAAAGUUAUCAGACACUAUCACGGACAUUUAUCAGCAGUUUACAGCAUGGCACUUCAUCCGACCAUUGAUGUGCUGACGACAGCCGGUCGAGAUUCUACUGCAAGAGUUUGGGACAUGAGGACAAAAGCUAAUGUCCAUACUUUAGUUGGACACACCAAUACAGUAGGUGCUGUCAUCAGUCAAGCUGCUGAGCCUCAGAUUAUUACCGGCAGUCAUGACGCCACAAUAAGACUGUGGGAUUUAGCUUCAGGAAAAUCCCAAGCCACGUUAACUCAUCACAAAAAAAGUGUUCGUGCACUUUGUUUGCAUCCAACAUAUUACAUGUUUGCGUCCGGAGCUCCAGAUAAUAUCAGAACCUGGAAAUGUCCACAAGGUAAAUUUAUACAAAGUUUACCGGGACAUAAUGCACUCAUUAAUUGUUUAGCAGUUAAUGCGGACGGUGUAUUAGUAUCAGGUGCUGAUAAUGGAUCAAUGCAUUUAUGGGACUUUAGAACUGGCUACAAUUUUCAACGUUUGUGUCCACCUGUUCAACCUGGAUCUAUGGAUAGUGAAGCUGGUAUUUUCAGUGCGACUUUCGACAUGUCAGGGUCUAGAUUAAUCAUAACUGGAGCAGACAAAACAAUUAAAUUAUUUAAAGAGUGUGAUGAUGCUACUGAAGAAAGCCAUCCUGUCAACUGGAAACCGGAAAUAAUAAGAAGAAGAAAGUUUUAAAAACUGUAAAAUUUAAUUUUAUAAAAGUACAAUAAAUAAUAAUACUCUAUAUAUAAAAUUAAAUCAUUUAUAUUUAUAAAUAAAAUACAUAUAAUUUCAAAAUGUAAAGAAAAAAAAAAACAAUAUUUAAAUAUUUUUUUACAUUCAAAUUUUUCAGUUUAUUUUUAAAAUUUUGUCGUAUAAAUUAAAAAAACAAUAGAAGUUAAAAAAUUUUGUAGAAUUUAAAACUAUAAAAAAUAAAUAAUUUUUCUUUUUAACUUAAAAAAUAUAAUAAUACUAGCAGAUCCCUUGUGCUUCGCAGGCUAAAAUUGUGUAGGGUAGAAGUACCGUUUUUGGCCACUUAGAAAUUUAAAAUAAAAUAAUUUGUAAAAUACGCAAUGGCACAAUUAAUUUUUUAAAUGUGUCUAAAGAUACUUUUAUCACACUAUUAAAAUUAAAAUUUUUUUUAAUACCUUUUCAUUAAUUAAAAUAAAGUAUUAAAUGUCCAAAAAUGGAGCAGUAGCCACCAAUGGUACUUCUACCCUAUAUAAAAAAUUUUUCAUCAAAAAUAUUGUCUGCAUAACAAUACAAUUUUUCAACAUUAAACUUACUAUCAGACAUUUAAAAUGAAAUUUUUUGUAUUUUUAAACAAGAAUUUAAUUUGACGAUGAUAAUUAUUAUUAUUAUCAGUAUUUUCAGUACUGAUUAAAAUACUAAUUAGAAAAUGGAAUAAAAUUAUAUCAUG